GGCUUUUGGCUUUGCGGUGUUUCCCUCUUAUUUGCCUUUUUGGCUUUAAGUCCUUCUUGUUUUUUUCCCACUCCUCUCGGCGCGUGUUGGUCCGUCUCAACUCACUGACCAUCUUUCAUCCUGCAGGCUUGCUGUUGGACCUUUUGUGCUUUCCCCAUAGUGGUGGAGAUCAGUGUCUCCGCGUAUGGUUCCCGGACUCCAUCGCAGCGUUGCAGUUUCCACGGAUAGCCUAAAAGUACCCUCUUCUGACCUGACCACUUUCCCCUAACGAACUAAUCAUCAUCUCUCCCUCCUCCCUCCUCGCUCUCUGAUUCUGACUCCCUUUUCCGGUCGCCUCCACCUCGUCCAUGAGUCUGACAAACCCGCCUUCCUCGUCCGGCCCGUUAAGUACGACUUCCAGGCCCGCUGCGGCCACCGUCAGCCAAAGUCUGUCGCUGAAGAAGAGCCUGCAGGCUGCUGUUGAUGAGAGUCUAGAUGCGAGGAAGCCUCCCGGCUCUGGUUACACCAGCAAAGUACGUGUGCGCGAUAGAUACCACAUUGUGGGAUUUAUCAGUAGUGGUACUUAUGGCCGUGUCUACAAGGCCAUUGGCAAAAAUGGCCAGAAGGGGGAAUUCGCGAUCAAAAAGUUCAAGCCGGACAAAGAAGGCGAAAUUAUUCAGUAUACCGGUCUUUCCCAAUCGGCCAUCCGAGAAAUGGCCUUGUGCUCAGAAUUGGACCAUCCCAAUGUAGUGCAGUUGGCAGAGAUUAUCCUGGAGGACAAGUGUAUCUUCAUGGUCUUUGAGUACACAGAGCAUGAUCUGCUCCAGAUUAUUCAUCAUCACACCCAACCGCAAAGGCAUGCCAUCCCGGCCUUGAUGGUUAGAUCGAUCCUAUUUCAGCUGCUCAAUGGCUUACUGUAUCUUCACACCAACUGGGUACUGCAUCGGGACCUCAAACCAGCAAACAUCUUGGUGACUUCAAGUGGUGCGAUUCGCAUUGGAGAUUUGGGACUUGCCCGUCUCUUCUACAAACCUCUUAACUCUCUCUUUUCUGGAGACAAGGUUGUCGUCACCAUCUGGUACCGUGCCCCUGAGCUCUUGAUGGGUAGUCGGCACUACACCCCAGCUGUUGACUUAUGGGCCGUCGGGUGCAUUUUUGCGGAGCUGCUAUCGCUCCGCCCCAUUUUCAAAGGCGAGGAAGCCAAGAUGGACAGUAAAAAGACGGUACCAUUCCAGCGCAAUCAGAUGAUGAAGAUUAUCGAGAUUAUGGGGCUCCCAACCAAGGAGAUUUGGCCUGGCAUCGUGUCCAUGCCAGAAUAUUCGCAGCUGCAGUCAUUGGCAAUGUCGCGUGCCCCGGGGCAUUUUAAUCGAUCGUCCAACCUAGAAGGCUGGUAUCAGAGCUGCCUGAAGAACAACGGGUACUCCGCCAACUCGAGUGCUGGCACACCCGGGGCAGAUGGUUUCGAUCUGCUGUCACGCCUACUGGAAUACGACCCGACCAAGAGGAUCACCGCGCAAGAAGCUCUCGAGCAUCCCUACUUCAAGAACGGGGGCCCUAUAUCCGCCAAUUGCUUCGAAGGAUUUGAGGGCAAGUAUCCUCAUCGUCGGGUGACGCAGGAUGACAACGAUAUCCGCUCUGGUAGCCUACCUGGCACGAAACGCAGCGGAUUGCCUGAUGAUAGUCUGUUGGGAAGGGCAACCAAGCGCUUGAAAGAGUGAUGAUUUUUUGUAAAUGUAUGCAGAUUGUUUGGUUUUAUAAGGCGUUUAGGGUGGGGUGGCAUUUGUGCGGAUUUCUAGAUAUGCAUUUGGAACUGGCGUUUUUUCUUUUUUUAUCUUGCAAAUAUGCUUAUCUUCGUGCACAAAGCUAGAAAUUAGGGAAACUCCGAACUAGCAAGCAUGUAUACAAUGAAAUGAGCCAACUUCAAAUUUGUG